UAACCAUGGUAACCACUUGUUAAUCUGUAUUCUAGUGCAACAUCUUGUAAUGAGAACUACAAGUAAGUAAGUAGCUAAUAUUUAUGAGCAGAAUAACUGACUUGCCUAAAAGAGGCUGACUUGCCUAUCAAAAAACAGCAUUGAGCUCAUUGGCAAUCAAUAGUGGUUUUAGAAUUAGUAAACAAAGGAUUAGUUCAUUUAGAGGCUAGCAUAUAUACAGGUGCUUUUUAAAUUGUUGUUCGGUUAUGUCCCCGGUAAUGGGACACUGGAUACCACCAUCCUAUCUUGAGUUACGUUCUGGCUGUGUUCUUAAAUUAAACUCUACUAUUGGAGCCAAGUUAAAAAGGAAAGAAGACAAAAUUUCCGAUCCCUUACUAGAAUGUUCUCGACAGCUGUUGGAAUUGCCAUGAAAUAAAGCUCUUUGAUCCCGUUUCAGGGCAACUGAUCUUCUAUUGACAUAAACUGGUGCACUCAAGCCUCUUCAUGGCCAGUGUUGUCCCAUCAGUAGCAUCCUCGAAAGAGACGACCAAUUACUCUCGUUUGUGUCGCCUUCUGGUUGAUAUUUGUUCUCAGGCCCUAAGAGACACAUUCGAUGGUAUUCAUGCGUCCGGAAGUCUUCACACAGUUUUGGCCAGUCGCCCUGUUCACAGUACUCUUCAAGCCCUUUUCAAAGGGAAGAAAAAGAUCUUAAACCCAGCACAGUGGUGCAAAUUGUAUCCUGCCAUAGCAUCUUCUGUGUCUUCGGCAACUUUUGAUAUCACACUUUUGAUGGUUCUCCUUAGAAAUAUAUGCGAUUUGAGACCUCCAGCAAAUGGCUGGGGCAACCUUCCAUCUGAAGAAGACAAGAGUCUUGAGGCUGACAUUGUCCGCAUAAAGUAUUUCAGAAAUACUGUGUAUGCUCUCGCAGGGCAGGCCUCUGUUAAUGAUGCAACAUUCAACACCCAUUGGCAGAACAUCCGAGCAGUACUAGUGAGAUUAGGGGGAGCCAAGUAUGAAGAUGCAAUUGACAAAUUGAAGACUGAGUGUAUGGACCCUGUUAUUGAGGAACACUAUAAAGAGCUUCUACAGCAAUGGAAAAAGGACGAGUACGUCAUUAAGGAACAGCUGCGUGAAAUGGGAGAAGAUAUCAAGUAUAUCAAGGAGGCAUUAAGAGUCGCUUUAAAUAAGCAUGGGGAGGAGGAGGUACAUCCUGAAAUGGAACAUAGAAGGCAACCUGGCAGCGAAUGUGUCACUUGUGCACCGGAGGCCACAGGAUCAAAACGUUCAUCACCUGGUCCAUCACGGCGGACUUCAGCACAACAAGACCAGACUCCAGGGACCAGUUCAGAGAAUGAUCCUCAAAAUGAAAUAUCGCGUGAAAGAAGUUUUGUAGAGAAAGGUACCAUUGGUGCUGCUACCUGCGAUCAUUGUGCAUUACCAGGUACAAUUGUUUGUAGGAACUGUCUGAAAAUUGUGUGCAUAGGGUGUAUGAAAAUCUUUUCCACCGAUCUUUGCGAAACAACCAAUGGGCAGCACGCGUUUGUAAGGUUGAAGGACAAAACAUCGGGUGAUUCCAAAGCAUAUUACAGCCAAGAGUCUGGCAAUACAAAUGAAGCCUCUGGGGAUGGAGAAAAAGAUUGGCCGUGUUCCCGAUGUACCUAUCUGAAUGAUCCAGAACACAGAAUAUGCGUCGUCUGUAGCACAACUCGUGGAAUUGGCGUUGUAGAAAGUGCAAAACCUGGGAGCAGAGUAUGCAGGAAGUGUACUCUACACAAUGAAGAGACAGUAGCGGUGUGCACAGCCUGCCACAGCCCAUUGACCAAGAGUAUGACGGUUUUGUAGAGAAGAGCGUGGUAGUUCGAUCUCGACAUGACAAUUGAAUAAAGUUGCAGACAUAAAAUAUAACGUUAACUGGCACCUAAUCCAGUUCAUCAUCAUCAGUUAGUUUAGUCGUCCAAAACAGGCUGGAAGUAGAGUCUAGCGCAUGUCAUAACCAGGAGAACGCAAAAGCGUAUAGUGAUAUCUAAAAUUAAUCAAGCGCGAGGUGAGUGUUGUAACUUUUAUAAAACGUACCUUUUCUUUUAUUAUUCUUAUCGCCGAAAAGCUCAUCC